GUGUGAUCUGUCAUCAUACUUGAUAUUACCAUGGCCGGAGGAGUCUUCUCGCAAAACAGUGCUGAAGGCAAGCUUCGCGGCGCGUGUGCUGUUGCACUCCUGCUCAUGGCUGCCGAAUUCAUCGGUGGCUACGUUGCUGGAAGUCUGUCCAUCAUGUCCGACGCAGCGCACAUGCUCACGGAUGUGUUGAGCUUCAUCAUUUCGUUGGUGGCUCUGCGGCUCUCCAAGUUGCCUCGCACGGCUACGAUGCCGUAUGGGUUUCAACGAGCCGAGGUGCUUGGGGCGCUGGUGAGCAUUCUGUUCCUUUGGGUCGUCACGGGUAUCCUGGUCAAAGAGUCCAUUGUUCGCAUCCACAACAUAGCAGCAAACAAUGCCGAAGCAGCCGAAGACAUUGUCGACGGCAAAACAAUGUUUAUCAUUGCAGCAAUUGCACUUGUGGUGAACGUCAUUUUGAUGAAGAUUCUGGGUCAGCAUGGGCACUCCCAUGGCUCACACGGACACGCCCACGGCAAUCACGGACACACCCACAGCAACCACGGUCACUCUCACCAUGGCUCAUCGCACAGCCAUGACUCUGGCCAUGGGAACGCAAUGGACGAAACAGUUGACCCAUCUGCGCCGUACACACAGCACGACGAGCAUACUGCUGAAGAAGUGGCCGCGAACAAGAAUCUGAACGUGAAAGCCGCGUACAUUCAUGUCCUUGGGGAUUUGCUUCAGAACAUUGGCGUGUUGGUGGCAGGGGCCGUGAUCUGGGCCAAGCCGUCGUGGAAUGUGAUCGAUCCGAUUUUGACAUUGGUAUUUGCCAUGAUUGUUGCGUACACGACUGUCGGAAUCUGCCAGACCACGUUGCGCGUGCUCAUGGAAGGCACUCCCGUGGAGAUGGACACUGCCGAGGUCGAAGCCAUGCUGAGAAAUCUUCCGUAUGUCCACGAAGUACACAACUUGCGCAUUUGGUCGAUUGGGUCAGAUUCCUGUGCCUUGAGCGUACAUAUCGUCCCCACCAACUCGAAAGUCGACGCUACCACGGACGCACAACACCACGUGCACGAAGCCAACAUUGACGGUGCUCCUGCUAUCUGUUAUGGCUUUGUGCUGCGUCAAGUUGAGCGAGCUGUGCAAACACGUUAUGGAUUCAAGUAUACAACGAUUCAAGUCGAAGACAACGAUUAUGUAUGCGACGACACAACGGAUAGUGUUGUGCCCAAUGCACAAAGUGCCGUUUAGUCAUUGUACAUGGAGAUUACGACCACAUCUGUGGCAAUUCAAAUAUUUCGUGAGAAAGGACGACGACUACAUUGUACUCGCGAUACGUUUAGAUACGAUUGUACAUACACCAGUUGAAAUUUGC